AUGGUAAGGAAUAUCGGUCCUUCAGUUUCUUUGUUCUUAUCCAACCUUUUCUUCUUCCAUCAAAAUCGUCUAGAAGGCCUAAAACCACCCCCACCCCACCGAUCGAUUUUGCUCCUUCUACUACGUUGUGGUGCUUUGGAGUUCCGGUGGGUAUUUACGUGUGAUUCUCGCGUCUCCCCCACCGGUUCUGCCUUAUCUUCCCCCCACCGCUUUCUCGCCACUCAUAUUCGGAUUUCACCAAGCUACAAACGGGACGACGCAGAUGACCAUCGACCGGACUCCGAUUUAGGUUCUCACGACGGGACUGGGAUCGGAUACGUUCCGUUGAGCUCUUCAAAUCCUCGAAUUUCUUUGAUGCUUCCACAGUUGGUUCUCACGACGGGGCUGACUCCUGAUUUGUGCCACCGACAGCAACCCAACAGUCACCGCCAACUAGAGCUUCUAACCCCUUUUCGCCUGCUUUCUCAAACGCUGCCACCGUGGGUUUGUACUGUUAAAAGAAAUGUGAAAAAGUUUCAGCAGAAAUUCAAGAGGGUGAAAGAUGACAUGGAUAAAUGGGACAACCUUCAUGCUCAAUUAGUAUCACAGUUUAGAAAUGCUUCUUCCAUCAUUGGAAGUUGCUCGAAAAGUCCCAAAAACUAUGGUUCCCUAAAAAACCUUGAUAACAUUAAAAAUACCAUCUUCACAAAACAGAUGGAAUCCCUUCAGAAGAUCUUGCUUUCAAUGACUAAAACUCUGUACGACCAUCAGGUAGCCAGCAGCCCUGUGUCGUUGUGUCGGUAUUGUUCAGCCCUAAUUCCUUCAACUCUUUCGUUCUGCUGGACAAGCUUUUGA